AGGGGUGUGUUUAACACACUCGUAUGCAAGUGUUGGAGCCUAGUAAAUCAUAAUUGAAAAAAAUAAUAACACUUCUUCAUGUUGGUUAUUGUUUUUGGUGGUCGCUUACUGAAGUGGCUGCUAAUUCCAUGGAAGUUAGAUGGAAUUUAGCCACGCUGUUUAACGGUUCUUUUCUUGGUACAAAAGUAAAUUAGAAAAAUAUUUUUACAAACAUGAUGUUCGGCAUGGCCUGCGAUCCUCUGAAGCAUACAAGCAUGUAUGAGCGCAUGAACGAGGACAGCGAGGAUAGCGAUGGCGAGGGUGGUCUGGGCAAUGUCUCACGCGUGAUCAUACGUCCACCGGGGCAGAGUGGCAAGGCCAAGCGCGGGCAUCUUUGUUUCGAUGCUGCCUUCGAGACGGGCAAUCUGGGCAAAGCCGAUCUCAUUGGCGACUUUGAAUACGACUUAUUUUUACGGCCAGACACUUGUAAUCCACGCUUUCGUUUCUGGUUCAAUUUCACGGUGGACAAUGUGAAGCAAGAUCAGCGCGUACUCUUCAAUAUCGUCAACAUAAGUAAUCCGCGAAAUUUAUUCAAUUCUUCGCUAGUGCCGUUGGUAAAGUCUUCGAGUCGUCCCAAGUGGCAACGCUUGCCGAAGAAGAAUGUUUUCUACUAUCGCUCGUUGUUGCAUCAAAAUCAUUAUGUGCUGAGUUUUGCAUUCUCCUUCGAUAAGGAAGAUGACGUCUAUCAAUUUGCAGUUGCACCGCCUUACAGUUACUCGCGACUGCAAUCGUAUUUGAAUGUGAUUGAUGCACGACAGACGGAGCAGCGAUUCGUACGCAGUGUGCUGACGAAGAGUGUGCAAAAUCGAAAUCUCGACCUGCUCACCAUCGAUCACGUUACCGCCAAAUUGAAGGCGUCUCGACUAGACCGCGGUUUCAUACGCGUCAUUGUGAUUUUGUGCCGCGUACAUCCCGGUGAUGCGCCGGCCUCCUUUAUGUGCCAAGGGUUCAUUGAGUUUAUCACUGGCAAUCACCCGAUUGCAGUUUUGCUGCGCGACAAUUUCGUCUUCAAGAUAGUGCCGAUGGUAAAUCCGGAUGGCGUCUUCUUGGGCAACAAUCGUUGCAAUUUGAUUGGACAGGAUUUGAAUCGCACCUGGCAUGUGGCCACUGAGUUUUCACAUCCCACUUUGUAUGCGAUAAGGAAUAUGCUCAAGGAACUGGACAAUUCCGAUAUUUAUCAAAUUGACUUCGUGAUCGACCUACAUGCGAAUCCCAGUCUGCAUGGUUGCUUUAUUUACGGCAACACAUACGAGGAUGUCUAUCGACAUGAGCGUCAUCUGGUGUUUCCGCGUUUGUUCGCCGCCAAUGCGCCCGAUUACGUCGCCGAGAAUACAAUGUACAACGCGGACGAGAAGAAAGUUGGUUGCGCGCGCCGUUAUUUCUGUGAGCGUCUUAGCGAUACGGUUAACGCCUACACCGUGGAGGUCUCCAUGAGCGGCCAUUACUUAAAGGAUGGCAAAACUGUAGCGCUCUACAACGAAGAUGGCUAUUACCGUUGCGGUCGUAAUUUGGCGCGCACUUUCCUGCACUACUACCGUUUUAUCAAUGUGCUGCCCACGCCGGUGGUGACUGAGGCGCGCUUACGUCGACGCAAUCGUCCGCGCACGCAUCACUCACGUUCACGCUCGCGCACACGUUACGAAGUGAAGCCGCGGCCGAAGACAACGCGCUGCUACGCACCCAUUGCGUACACGAAUCUCUCCAUCCACUACGACUCUGGCGGCUCUUCCGACGAGGGCGGCUUCUCACCCACGCGUCCCAUAGCGCCGGGCAGCAGUCUCUUCAGUGGCUAUCGUAACUAUCGACGCAUGCACGGCAGCUCGGCGGUGACGCACGAUCAAUACGCGCUGCUGGCGCUCAAGUCAACGAAACACGAUCACCUGGGCGACUUUGGCGGCGCGGGCCGAGCGCAUGCCUAUCAGCCAACGCGUGCGGCAACGGCUGAGAAGUCAAGCAAAUCGGUGACCUUUGAGCAGCCGCUGAAUGUGCCACCGAAGCCGUACUUAUCCAUCAUCGAUCUCAAUCAGCUGACGCGCGGCAGUUUGGACCGCAAGUCGAGCAGCUUCGAUGCCGAUCAUCGUUGA